CAUAUCAAAUUUGAUUAAAAGAACUCUAACAAAAAGGAAAAUUAGAUACAUGCUUCCAUUGUAAUUUUAAUUUUUUAUAAGACACGUAUGGUUGGUUUCAAGUUGAUACCAAAAACUCUAUCUGGUUCCGUCAGCAAAAACACUCAUAAAUUUAUGUGGGGAAAACUACAAUAAAGUCCCUAAGUAUUGCCCGUAUAAUCGAUUUAGCCCUUAUAUAUAUAUAUAUAUAUAUAUAUAUUUUUGCAAUUUAGUCCUAAAUACCUGUAAACGUAAUCAAAACGAGAUAUUUAAUAGGUUAGCCGGUAUCCCACCUUACGUGUACAAGUGAGUUUUACCCUUCCAUUUCCACUGCAUUCGACGUCUGGUAAAUCGAUUGAGAGAAAAAGAUAGGGUUUUUACAGAGUGAUACACGAAAGAAGUAAGGUUUUACUGAGAGAAACGAAGGUAAAACCCAAUGGUUGUCGAAUCAGAAGAAGUUCGCCAUGAGUCAUCUGAAGAAUACGACUCUGAAGAAUACGAAGAUGAUGACGAGGUGCUCGAUACUGAGCACAUAGAUGUGGAACUGGAAGAAGAUGAUUUCAAGACACAGGGUAAAGAGAGAUGCAAGGAUGCUUUCCUUAACUUCAGUUCUGAUUAUGAAGAUAAUGAAGCCGAUGAAGACAAUGACUUAGUUGAUGAAGAUGAAGAAGGGUUUGGUUCAGAAGAGGAAAUCGAUGACACAGCAGGGGCUAAUGAUCUUGAUUUGGGAGAUGCGGUUGGUGCAGGCUUCCCCAUUCACGACCCAUCAGUUAAGUGGAAUAAGAUGAAGCCCCUUCUUGGUGAAAGGUAUGAAUCACCACAUCAGUUGCAACAAUGUCUCACUAAUUAUGCUAUUAAGUCAGGGUAUAACAUUAAAUUUGCGAAGUGUGACACUGUGAGAUUAACUGCCAAAUGUGGUUCUAAGAUGAAGUCUCAACCCUGCCCAUUCAGAGUUCAUGCUUCCUGGAUGACUCAAGAAAGGUCUUUUCAGAUUAAAACCUUAGUCGAUGAGCACAAAUGUGUUAGAAAUUUCAAUAUUUCAAAUUUACUGAGUCCCAGAUGGCUAGCAAGACACUUUUUGAAGGAGUUGAUAAUGAAACCUAACUUGAAGUGUAAGGAGAUGCAAUCAAUAAUUAGGACCAAAUUUCAUUGUGGUGUAUCUUGGUCUAAGGCUUACAGAACAAGGUGUAGAGCAAUGACCAUUAUAGAUGGUAAACUUACAGAACAUUAUGCUAGGGUGUGGGACUAUUGCCAUGAGUUACUAAGGUCAAAUCCUGGUAGCACUGUCCAAGUUGGUGUCACUGUAAAUCCAGAUCAAACAACAUACUUUCACAGGAUGUAUUUGUGUUUUAAAGCAAUCAAGGAAGGUUGGAAAAUAGGGUGCCGUAGGGUAAUUGGUCUAGAUGGAUCUUUCUUGAAAGGGACAUGUAAAGGAGAAUUACUCACAGCAAUAGGGAGGGAUGCAAACAACCAAGUUUAUCCAAUUGCUUGGGCAGUUGUUGACAUUGAAAACAAAGCUAAUUGGAAAUGGUUUUUGGAACUGCUCACAGAGGAUCUUAAUCUGCUAGAUGGAGGAGGGUUUACUGUAAUUUCUGAUCAACAUAAGGGAUUGCUUGAAGCAACCAAAGAAGUCCUACCAAAUGUGGAGCAUAGACAGUGUGCAAGACACAUAUAUGCUAACUUUAGGAAGACCUAUUCUGGAGUGGAGUUCAAGAAUAUGUUCUGGGCAGCUUCCUUAUCAACUGUAGAGAGUGAAUUUCUCAGGAAAAUGGAUGAUAUAAAAGAGGUUAAUCCAAAUGCUUAUGAACAUUUGAUCGCAAGAGAUCCUCACACAUGGUGCAGGGCAUUUUUUAGGACUGAUGUAGCAUGUGAGGCAGUUGAAAAUGGCAUUGCAGAGUGCUUCAACGCCAUCAUAUUGGAUGCUAGAAAGAAACCCCUUCUAGCAAUGUUUGAAGAAAUUAGGUUGUACAUGAUGGAUAGGUUCUACCAUAUGUUACAAAAGGCAGAAAAGUGGGAAUCAGUGGUUUGUCCAGCUGCUAUCAAAAAAAUGAACAAGUUUGGAGAGGAUUUGAGGAAUUGGAAUGUGAAUCCAAGUGGACCAUCUAUUUUUGAAGCCAGGAAUGGAUUAGAAGGGUACGUGGUUAACUUACAAAGCAGAGUGUGCAGCUGUAGGCUUUGGGAUAUCUCAGGAAUUCCAUGUGUACAUGCACAGUGUGCAAUAUUAUUCACUGGACAAGAUCCUGUUCAUUUCAUAAGUGAGUGGUUUCAUGUGGACAGGUUCAAGGCCAUAUAUGCAAACAAUAUACUACCUGUGAAUGGUAGAAAUUUAUGGCCUAGAACAUCAUACAUAAAGCCUCUACCCCCUUUAGCUAGAAGAAUGCCAGGGAGACCAACUCUGAAAAGAAAGAGGCAUGCCACUGAAUCUCAAGACAAAUACUCCCAAAAUAAGAUGAAGGUUACAGGAAAAGGAAGGACUGUCCAAUGCAAAAAUUGUCUUCAAAGGGGUCAUAACAAGGCAUCCUGUAAGAAUCCCAAGGUCACACCAGAACCCAAACCCAAGAAAAAAAUGGGUAGACCAAGAUUGGAUCCUGAUAUCAGUCAUUGGACUAGAGGUGGUGUAAGAGGUGGUGUCAGAGGUAGUAGAGGUGGUGCAAGGGGUAGUAGAGGUGGUAGAGGGGGUAACAGAGGUGGUGCAGUGGGUAACACAGGUGAUGUAGUGGCUAACAGAGGUGGUAGGGGUACUGAAGUGAAGGCAAUGCAAGAUUUGAAACUAUCACGGUAUUCAACUGAAGAAAUUAAAAAGUCACUUAGUCUGACAGAUUCACAUAUGAAACAACUCAAUGAUUACAAUGACACUAUUGAACAAGUUCUUCCUAUGUCUAUGGAAGAGGAGUAUCCACCUCAGACAGAGACACAAGAUGGGGAUGAAGAAAAUAUCCCUGAGACACAACCAGAAAGUGAGGAAGAAGAAGAAGGCAUUAAUGACACCCAUGAAUUACCAGUACACCUUAGGAUUGUGAAAAAAAGAAGGCCCUCUGAGAGGAUUGUUAAAACCAAGCUGAAGAAGAUGGGAUGUGUUGGGACUUCUUCAAAUUCACCAUUGGAGUUGGAUUAGGGUGUUAGGGUGUUAAGGGUAGUAAGGGUAUUUUGGUACAUCUUUUGUGAAUGCUACUUUUGUGCAUCUUUUGUGAAUGCUACUUUUGUAUAUCUUUUGUGAAUGCCCUUAAAUUACUGAUAACCAUAUUUUGUACAUCUUUUGUAAACACAUUGAAACAUUGUGAAUGCCCUUAACAUGGUUGGUAAUGACAUAUUGGAG